AGUCCGAGCAACGCGACACAAUAAACAUCACCGCAACUUAAAAAUACAUUAUAUCAUUGAACAUUUAUUUGGAUUUUUUGUUUUAAAAUAAAAUCCAUGAGAAUAACCAAAAAUGGAUCUGUACGAUGACUUGGAUGCAAAGCAGCGAAUCGAUGGAUGGUCACCCAGUUUGAAGUUGAUGCAGACACAAAUGGCAUUAAAGAAAGCGAUUCCACCACCGCCAGUAAAGAAAGAGCUCACAAAACGAACGGCUCCACUUUUAGCGCCGACAACAAUUUUAAAAACAAAAGGUCGACCAAACGACUCCGACGAUCAUUUCAAAUCGAAUGAUAGCUUAAAGAGUUCGCAUAAAAAGCAACCCACAAUUACAACACAAGCAUUGGCACCGCCAAAUAAGGCGGCUAAUGACUAUGAUUGGGAUGUAAUUGACGAAUAUAAUCCAUUGUGGCCGAAUGAAUACGAGAAAAUCAUAAAAGAUCGCCGCGAAAGACGAGAUAAUGAUAGAAAACGGCGAAAUAAUCGUAAUGAACAAAAUCGUAAUGAUUCGCCGCCGCAAAAAUUUUCUGGUUUUGCUGGUCGAUCGGAUGAUUUAGACGAUUAUAAAAAAUCACCACCAAAUCCAUCACAGCGUAGCAUCGGUGCUGCCAUAGCACCACCCCCGUCAUUACAAGAAAGUACACCGAUUAUACCAGCACUACAAAAUACAAACGUUUCAAAUUCGUAUGGUGGUGGUUCGGUCGCAGCAAAAAUUAUGGCCAAAUAUGGAUUUAAAGAUGGUCAAGGUUUAGGUAAACAAGAGCAAGGAAUGUCAAUUGCAUUACAAGUGGAGAAAACAUCGAAAAGAGGCGGUCGAAUUAUACAUGAGAAAGAACUUAUGCAACCGCCAACAACAUCAAGUCCACCGGCUUUAUCGAUGCCGCCGCCAAUAGCACCAGCGCCAAAAGAAGAACCAUCGAUUACUGAGAUUAUGAAAGCACCCAGCAAAGUUGUUCUGUUACGAAAUAUGGUCGGCGCCGGCGAUGUCGAUGAUGAACUUGAAGGCGAAGUAAAAGACGAAUGUAACACAAAAUAUGGAGAUGUGGUCAAAGUUAUAAUCGUUGAAUUGAAAAACACGACGCCCGAAGAAGCUGUUCGAAUAUUUGUUGAGUUCAAACGAAUCGAAAGUGCUAUUAAGGCAGUCGUUGAUUUGAAUGGCCGAUUCUUUGGCGGUCGUCAAGUAAAAGCUGGGUUUUACGCACUUGAAAAGUUUCAAAAACAUCAUUUGACUGAUUAAUCACAUCCUAUAUGAAAAAAAUGUUUAUUCCUAUGUUGUAUGUAACACAUGUAUUCAUUGAAUGCAUUUUAUUCUCUCUUUAUGAAAACAUUUUUCUAUUACCUAUACAUUAAUUAUUCGAAAAGUA